GAUUGUCCCUUCCCGUUCCCCUUCUGGAGGUGGGGCCUGCCUCUGACAACCAGAGCCUGAGCGAUCAUGGCAACGAGCUCGGGCGGGGAACGCGUGGCAGCAGUAGCAGCAGUAGCAGCGAGGGCAGUUUGGUUGCAGGCGGGGACCGCGGAGUGCGGCGACGGCGGCGGUGGCACAGGCAUUGGCACCGGUCCUGAACGCCAUGAGGCGGGGCAGCUCCGAGAGGGAGUUGGCGGCCCGGUGGGAGGUGGAGGCGGUGGCCGCGGCUAAAGCACAGCCAGAGGUGAAGGCGGCGCAGGUCGGUGUGGACGCGGGCGCGGCCGGGGACCCCGAGCGCGCGGCGGGGGAGGAGCAGCCCAAGGCCCCAGUGCCGCCCCGCGUGGCCGAGGAGGGCGACUCCCGCGCCGCUCCGCUCAAGCCGCCCCUGUUCAGGCCCAAGCCGGCGCCGGCACGGGGGCUUGGCCCGCACGGGAUGCCCAGGGGCAAAGGCCGAGGCUGCACGCGGAGCACGGGGCGCCGUCCCGACCAGCCGCGGCCGGUCACUGUGGACAGCUCCAAGGCCAGGACCUCUCUGGAAGCCCUGAAGAUCAGCAUCCAUCAGCUCAAGUGGAAGGAGUUCCCAUUUGGCCGACGCUUGCCUUGUGACAUCUACUGGCAUGGAGUUUCAUUUCACGACAAUGACAUAUUCUCUGGUCAAGUGAACAAGUUUCCAGGCAUGACGGAGAUGGUACGUAAAACUACUCUGAGCAGAGCAGUAAGAAUCAUGCAGAAUCUCUUUCCUGAGGAGUACAACUUCUACCCUCGCUCAUGGAUUCUGCCUGACGAGUUCCAGCUCUUUGUUGCUCAGGUUCAAAUGGUGAAAGAUGGCGACCCCUCCUGGAAGCCCACUUUUAUUGUGAAACCUGAUGGCGGUUGUCAGGGUGAUGGUAUCUACCUCAUUAAAGAUCCCAGUGACAUCCGGUUGGCUGGGACCCUCCAGAGCAGGCCAGCAGUGGUCCAGGAAUACAUCUGCAAACCUCUCCUCAUCGACAAGCUCAAGUUUGAUAUUCGUCUGUAUGUCUUGCUCAAGUCCUUAGAUCCCUUAGAAAUUUACAUAGCCAAAGAUGGACUUUCUAGAUUUUGCACUGAGCCAUAUCAGGAGCCCAAUCCCCGAAAUCUGCACCAUGUCUUCAUGCACUUAACCAACUAUUCACUGAAUCUCCACAGCAGCAACUUCAUCCAUUCGGACAAUGCUAGCACAGGCAGCAAAAGGACUUUUUCCAGCAUUCUUUGUAGGCUGUCUUCCAAAGGUGUUGACAUCAAGAAAGUCUGGUCAGACAUCAUCUCUUUGGUGAUUAAGACUGUCAUUGCCCUGACUCCAGAGCUCAAAGUGUUCUAUCAGUCCGACAUCCCCACAGGGAGGCCAGGACCCACCUGCUUCCAGAUUUUAGGUUUUGACAUUCUUCUGAUGAAAAAUCUGAAGCCUAUGCUACUUGAAGUUAAUGCAAAUCCCAGCAUGAGAAUUGAACAUGAACAUGAACUUUCUCCAGGCGUGUUUGAAAAUGUCCCCAGCCUGGUCGAUGAAGAGGUGAAAGUAGCUGUGAUCAGAGACACACUGCGCCUCAUGGACCCACUAAAGAAGAAAAGGGAGAGCCAGUCUCAGCAGCUUGAGAAAGCAUCAGCUGGGAAGAAAGACUCUCUGGAUGGUGAGCUGGCUGGCACCCCUGAUCCCAACCCCGAAGCCCACCUGCCCUCCAUUUGCCUCAAGCAGGUGUUCCCCAAGUAUGCAAAACAGUUCAACUACCUGCGCCUGGUGGACAGGAUGGCAAAUUUGUUUAUCCGGUUCCUGGGAAUCAAGGGGACAAUGAAGUUGGGACCAACUGGCUUUCGUACCUUCAUAAGGAACUGCAAGCUCAGCAGCAGCAGCUUGUCCAUGGCCGCCGUGGAUAUUCUGUACAUCGACAUCACGAGGAGGUGGAACUCCAUGACACUGGAUCAGCGGGACUCAGGGAUGUGUCUGCAGGCGUUCGUUGAAGCCUUCUUCUUCCUGGCCCAGAGGAAGUUCAAGAUGCUGCCACUCCAUGAGCAGGUGGCCUCGCUGAUCGACCUGUGCGAAUAUCACCUGUCCCUGCUGGAUGAUAAACGCCUGGUGUGUGGCCGGAGCGGCACAGUGGGGGGCCGGUCCCCCCACAGCCUCUCCCACCAGGACACCUGCCCCCCACCCCGCACGUACGGUGCUGACAAGUUAUCCCAUCCCAGACCCACUCUCUCCUGAAGGCCACUCUGUCCUCCCAGAAGACAGUGCCCUUCAGGGCCGAGGACAGCCCUGGGCUUCUGCCUGUGGAGGGAUGGCAGGCAGGCUGCCAGGAUCCCCGGCUUUGGCUCCCGUCAUUCAUUGCCUCUGUGUUCUGCUGAGCUCCUGCUUCGCAAGGCUGAUUCCUGCCGCCUUCCUCCUGGCACCUCUCGGUGACACACCCUGUUUGCCAGUCAUCAGUGGACAGAUGACAUCUGAAAUGUGACAGAUGGCAUCUUCUAUUCUGAGCUCACAGGAAGCACCAACUGGGGCAAAUCUGUUGUAUUUGGGGUGGGAAGGCACAAACAAUCCCCAAACCAAGUGCUAUGGAGAGGAAGCUGAGCCCUAGAUCUGCUGGGGCCGCUGAGAGCUGCUGGUUAAAUCCAACCAGCAUCAUGCCCCCGCCCCCCGCCAUGAGGUGGAAAUAUCAAGUAGGCAGAUGCAACCCCCCCCCCCCGCAUCAUGUACUACACAGGUGUAGUUAACAGAUUAGCCUCAUUUACUUCAUUAGCUCACCUGUUGCUGCAAUGUUUGGUUUGUUACUAAUUAAGAAAUAAUUAAGGUGUAACUAAGACUCCUGCAGUCUGAGAGCUGCCAGGAGCCUCAGAGUCAAUUUGUUUGAUUUUGUUUGACCUUGACCCCAAAGCAAGGAUCCCAUCUUCAGCCUAUCUAUGGUCCAGGCUGUCCUGUGGCUUUGAGUGGACCUCUGCAAGUGUGGGGCUCCAGCCAAAUGGUCAGGGCUCCCCAUGUGCCCAGCACUGUGCUGGGAGCCCUGGGGGAGGGGAGAUGGCUUCAGAGAGGACUCGAGGCCCGGAUAAGAACCGGGGUAACCAGAAGUGUGCGUGUAGAAAGUAUGGGGGCCUGGGCCAGAGCAACUGGUGCUCCCCAGGGGUGCUCUGUGAGAGGCAGUGUGGAGACCCCGAGCCUGCAGAACACAAGGAUUUCACCAUGAAAGGCCCCAAGGGAUGCACCAGGAGAUUCGCCACCAGCUGGGCACUGCAGAGUCUUUCCAACAGCUCUCACCGCUUCUUGAAGUGGCUGUGCAGAAAGUGCUUGCUUGCCAAAAUGGAGCACCGUCUUCAGGCCUGAACCCCAACCUGGCACACUGGACAGGGGAGCAGGGAGGAUCAAGAGGUUGGAUUCCAGCCCCAUUGUUUGGAGUGACACAAAAAUGUCCUCACUCAGGGCGAGCGAUGUCCUCCCCACCCCGUGCCUGUCAUCUGGAGGCAGGUCACUGUCAGUUACGGGCCCCUCUGUCCUGGAACAAGCCCCCUUUCCUAUGGACAGGGCCCCGGGGGAGCCUCACACCCUGGAGGACACAGCCUCCGCACUGAUUAUCAGAGAUGUGAGGCUGCUGCAGUCUCAAGAGCAGCCUGUCAGUGACAAGUUGGGCCCCAGUUCCCCAGUCCUGCUGGUCAGGAAGAAUUUUGAGGCCUCUCCGGUGUCAGAUCGAGCAUCAGAAGACUCCUCCCACCCCCUCAGUCCCCAUGGGAAGUCCCAUUGUGUUUGUCCCCCUUGGUAACCAGCCGCUUAUUUGCAGGGUGGGAUUGAAAUGAGAGCAAAAGCAGGUGGUUCCUUCUUCCUGGCAGAGGGGAGGCAGAGCCAGGGAGCCUGGCCUGGCUCAGAGGCCCCUCCGUGUUAGGACUCAGAGUCCCUGUGGUUGACUGUGAAAUGAGCCCAUCCUUUGGGAGUUCCCUUAGGAUCCAUCCCAGCCCUUCUUCCCCCAACCCUUGCCUGCCCUUUUUCCCCUUCCUGCUGAUGCCAACGCUGACCCUUGAAUUGGCCCACUGGCUGAGUUCCUGGAGGGCCAGGCCCUCCCAAGGUGUUGGAAAGAAUGUAUAAGAAGAUCAGGCUCGGCUGGGGCUCUAUCUGUGGUGUGUGCCCCAAGUGUGAUAAGUCAGUGGGCAACCCCAGGAAGGCAGCUCGUUCUGGAGAACAGGCUGAUCAACCCAACUGGGCCCGGCACACCCUUUUUUGUGUGCCACUCUGGCCCCUCCGGUGAGUGCAGACAGCUUCCUCAUGCCUCACACUGCCCUUGCCUGCUGCCUUCCUCCAGCCCCCCGGGGGACUGGGCUCGCCUUUUCUGCUCUUCCAGGGGGAAUAUUGUCCCCACUGGCCUGGCCAGAGAGAGCCUGCAGUGGGUGCUACAGAAAAGCACUGGGUCCAGGGCAGCUGGUAGCCAGUGUGGGUCACAACAGGACUCUCCCCAUGGGAAGAGGCAGGGCCUCCUAGAGACCAAGUCUCCACUGCCAAGCCGGCCUCCUUGCCUCCUCUGGUUUCUCCUCCAGAGCUCUGUCCACGCUUCCCAGCUCAGACUCAUCAUCUCUGACCUGGAUUCCACAGUGUCCCCGCCUCUCAGCUCUGCCACCCACUCUGACCCCCGCCAUCCGUGUCAGCCAGGAGGGAACUGGAGAGCCCUGGAAUGGACACAACAAAGGCUGCCCUCGGCUGGGCCCUCAUAAUCAACUCCCUCUCUUUCCACACCUGGAUCCCACCCUCCCUGGGCCUGUCUCCAGCAAGGCUCCCUGGGCUCUUUGUAUCUGUCAUCGGACAGGAAGAGAAUGUGCCAUUUCCUGCCCAUGGGGAGGCUACCAGCAGGGACCUGCUCUGUGACCUCCACCCCCUGUCCUUGCUGCUCCCUCUGGACAACGGCAGACUACACCUCUCUCAAGGUCUGGCUCAGGUGCCUGCUGCAGCCCCAGCACAGAAUGAACGACUCCCUCCAUAGAGACUUCCUUUCUCCCUGUGCUUCCCGGUGGGGCCACAGCAUUUGCUCCUGCCCAGGUGUGACUUCCCUCAGGGCCAGGGCCAUGUUGGAUCCGUGUAACCCCAAAGCACAGAGCAGGGGCGGAGGGUGCUUACUGAGAUCAUGAGGUGUUGCGCAGUCCCGGUGAAGGGACGACGUCACCACACCCUCUCCCCGGAGUCUGCAGAUGCCCUUGAGGACCAUCUACUCUAGUCCUUGCCAAACCAGUUCUCCAGGCACCUCUAGAUCCCAGCCUGGCUCAUUCUCUCUCCAAGCACAGUGGCCAUCCAUUGGCCACCCACCCCACCCCACCCCAGUGACAAUGGCUUUUCUAACACUAGGAACCUCUCCCUGACCAAACUGCAGGUGCCCGGGCUCAGGUCUUGGCCGUGUCCCCCAGGGAACUCCCUCUCUGUCAGCCCUGGAGACUGAGGAGGACCCCCCACCCCGACCCCCAUCCCCGCUGAUGGUUCCCACACUACUCCUCAGUGGGACAUGCAGCCUGUCCCUCACACUCUACAUCAGCUGUGGCUGUGUCCGGUGCCUCACUCGGAGAAGGUCGUCCUGCUGUGGCCAUGUAUAGUUGGGAAUGGCACUGGAUGAGGCUGGGAAGGAAUCGACAUUCCUAGAACGAAUCCCCUUAGAACCCAUGCCCAGUGCUUCACGGGUUACGAAGCACUUUUAAGUUUGUCUUCUCAUCUUGGUCCUCCCAUUCACCCACUGAAGGCCGAGGUUGAUCAUCACUGUCUUUUCUGAUGCCCAGGAGGUUAUACAGCUUGUCCUAGGUGUCUUGGCUGGUGAAGGGCAGAGCCAGGGUUUACACAGAGAGGCCCCUGGCUCCAGACCCCGCUCCUCUUUCCUUGGCACCAUGUGGAUCUUGGCCCCAUUCUCCAGACAGUGGUCCUGGGGACUGCUUUUCUCCCACUCUAAGGUGUUGGGAGCACUCCAGGAAGGCUCUGCAGACUACGGAGACUGUAAGGGCUCCCGUCCCGGGGUGAUUUCUUCCUUCAGUUAACCUUAGGAACAGUAGGCGAGACCACCAGAAGCAUAAUAAAUAUGCAAGUGUUUUGUAAACCAAAGUACUUCUGGGUUGUAAUGUUACCUUCAGAGGAGGUUCUGGUGUCCUGCGAAGUGUAAAGGGACGAAGGUAAAGCUCUCUUGAAUAAUGUUGUCUGCCAAGACAAAUGAAGCCAAAGUGAUCAGCUCCUCUCCCUCCCCUGCUCCUUUUCAUCUUCACUUAUUUAAAGACAUUCGCAGGCUGAAAAAUGGUCCCUGCCCGCUCCUCCAACGUCCGGAAUUUGCCUUGUGAUUGGCAGUGUUACUCCAAAAUAGCUUGAUUUUUUUUCUUUCAUUUCUUGAUUAAUGUCCUGUGCGCCUCGGCCCUAUAAUUGAAAACUGGGCUUGCAACAUUCAGCAUUCAAGCGCCUUCUCUUGGAAGCUCAGAAAUAAUAGACUCUCCCAUCGGGGACCUGGUGCUCCCAGUGGCUGAGGGACCUGUUCCUGCUCAGCAAGGGGACUCACCACAGUGCAUGCUAACCUAAAAUCCACCUUACCUCGGUGAUAUUUUUGCCAGUCUCCUAUUUGGUUUGAUGAAUGCAAGAUAGAUGUUUCCACAUGGCAUAUGAAUUUCUCCCUCACAUAGUAAGUCAAAUCUUUUGUUUCUGUUUUUAUUUUGUUUUGUUUCUGUUCCAGGACACAAAGGAGCUCUUCAGAAUAGUCAACAUAUUCAAUUGCCUUCAUCUCUUGUAACUCAAAGUCUUGAUUUUUAUAUAACUUAGAAAAACCAUGCAGCAUAAUGCAUAUACUUAACCGCAAGCGCUUGCACUGAACACCACGAAGCAUUGGUAUAAGAUGGUAAAAUCACAAGAUGUUUUCCUCAUUUCUGAUGAUUUGCUUCUGAGUCAGAUUCAGAGAGCAGAGGAAGAAGGCUCUUUGCAGCCCUGGGGUAGCACAACCUGCUCACCAGGAGGCUCCUGGGAAACACUGCCUCUAACUUAAGGAAGGCGUUCUCUCAGAUUCCGACCAGGACAGAUUCCAAGCAGGACUGCAGUCCUGGGCUACAGGACCCUGCUCCUCACUGCAGCUCCCUUGGGCCUGGCCCAUGCUGUGGGGACAUUUCCCCUUCAGAAUAUCUUACAUCAGAAUGGGGAAUCCCAGAAGAGAUCUGAGCUGCUCUGGAAAGACCCAGCCAGGGCUUUGAAAUCAGACAGACAUGGGUCUGGAUUUUGCUCUAAGUGACCAUGGGCCAGUGAUUUCUCUUACCCCUAUUCCUCGCCUAUGCAGUGAAAAUCUCGUCAAAUGGAUGCAAAGAGCCUGGCGAGGGGCUUGGCACCUGGGGGGUAUCUUUAAAACUGUCUGUUCAGAGAAGGCACUGUCUCCAUAUGCUGAAACUGUCACAUGCCAAGGAACACUGAUGCCACCUCGUCAGCCCUGGCAGAGGCUCCAGGAGGUCUGGUGAGACCCCCACAGGCCCCAGCCUUUCCCCCUCUGUGCCCAGCAUCACCUUUAAGAAGCUGCAGCUCCUGCCUCGUAAAAGCCUUUAAAAAUUCUUUAUUAAAUUUUCAUGGCGCAUGAAGUCAAGGUUCUGUUACUUGGCCUCAGUUGUCUUGGUAACUUCUUAAAAUGCAAUAAUAAAACAAAGCUGAGCAUUGCUAACCACAGGCUCAUUGUAUA